CCUCCUACUGCACAGCUCCCAGCAGGUGCUGUGCUUCAGAUUUAGCUCUCAGGAAUUAGCUUGCAGCUCUUUAAAGUGCCCUCCUUCACCUUUCUUCUUCUCCUUUUUCUCAGGCUCUUACCAGCAGCCUGCAGCCUCCCAGGACUACCACCCGCGUGAGCCUACUCCUGAACCAGUGCGCGAAGCUCCUGCUAAUCGUCCCAGUUCUGGGAGGCGAUACAGAGCCGUGUACGACUACACUGCUGCCGAUGACGACGAGGUGUCUUUCUUGGACGGAGACAUGAUCGUAGAUGUGCAGAAGAUCGACGACGGCUGGAUGUACGGCCGCGUGGAGCGCACCGGCCAGCAGGGCAUGCUGCCCGCCAACUAUGUGGAUGAAUUUUGAAUAAUCGGGGGGAAGAAGUAAAGUAACAUAGAGGAGAGAAAGAAAGAAGGGAGGGAAAGAAGGAAAGGAAAGGAAAAGCCCAGUGCCAUCUCAUCUUAACACCGCUUUCUCUUAAUUUUACUCUGGUUCCUUAAAAAAAA